GCUGGGGGUGAUGGGUGAGACAGUCCUGCCUGAAGGGGAAGGGGGGGCAAAGGCAGAUAAAGGAGGCUCCCCCCUGCCCGAGGCCAGCGAGAGCCACCGUCCAUCCUAAUCCACAGCUGCUGCAACCGAAGCGAUGAGUUAUCCGUCAGCCGCUGACCAGCACAGCUCUCUGCCCAUAGUCUCCUACGUCUCCAAGGACUCCAUCUUGAGCCAGCCGCCCGCGGGAGCCCGUACGGUAAUGCGCUGGACGACGGUUUUGACCCUGGUCUCUGUCGUCGUGCUUUACCUGAUGAUGGGCGCCUUCGUCUUCCGUCUGCUGGAGCAGCCUCAGGAAGCUCUCCAACAGGUGAAGAUCCAGGCCUACCUGGAGCACUUUCUGAAGACUCACGAGUGUGUGGCGCUGGAGGACCUGGCGGAGCUGAUCCAGCAAGUAAACGAGGCUACGGGAGCUGGCGUGAAUCCGGCGGUCAACGGUAGCAAUGCCAACAUCUCCCGCUGGGAUAUGGACAAUGCCUUUUUCUUCGCCGGCACUGUGAUCACCACAAUUGGAUUUGGCAAUAUCUCUCCCAAGACCCGAUACGGCCAGCUCUUCUGCAUCUUCUACGCCUUGUUUGGAAUCCCUCUUUUUGGGAUGCUGCUUGCCGGGGUCGGUGAUCAACUGGGUUCCUCUCUCCGAAUAGGCAUCGGAAAAAUAGAAGAUAUUUUCCUGAAGUGGCAGGUCAGCCCCACCAUCGUCCGCGUCCUUUCGGCCCUGCUGUUCAUCCUGGUCGGCUGCUUGAUCUUCGUCUCCUUGCCCACCCUCAUCUUCCAGUACGUGGAAGGCUGGAGCCUCUUGGAGAGCAUCUACUUUGUGGUCAUCACGCUAACCACGGUGGGCUUUGGGGACUACGUGGCAGGUGACAAGGGACGCAACUCUUACUUCUGGUACCAACCGCUGGUGAUAGUCUGGAUUCUCCUGGGAAUGGCGUAUUUCGCUUCCGUUCUGACCAUGAUUGGCAACUGGCUGCGGGUGUUGUCCAGACGCACAAGAGCCGAGAUGGGAGAUUUCACAGCUCACGCCGCCUCCUGGACCGGCAACGUGGCAUCGCAGCUCCGUGUCCCGAGCGUAGCUUUCCCGGAUAAGUCGCACCGUGUCACCUCCAUAAAAGGGAAGCCGUUGUCGCCUUCCGCCAUCCUGCCACAAGGGGAAAACCCGCUGUCUUUGUCGCCGCCUCCAUUUCUCUUGCAGCACCCGGAUGUAACGCCACCUGUCCCGAUGCUCUGCCCGGGACGUUCCUCAUCCCCUCCACAAAACACCCCUCCACCGAACGCCCGCCGUGCUGCUUCCCCACGGCCGAUAGACUACACGGGAGAAAAUCUGGCUUUCAUUGACGAGAGCUCCGACACUCUCAGCGAAGGAGGGCCCCCUUCCACCCGUCUGCCUCGUCGCUGGCGCCCACGGGCACGGCAUCGCACGGACCCCGCCGUGCCCACGGGGUUACCCAUGGUUGUUCUGAGCCGGACCCGGGACAAAGGCGAAUCGGUGUGAAGACAGGAGCGGGUCCGUGCAUAACUCGGAGGGAUUGUCUGAGCCGUGGUGCCGAUCCAUCCAUUCAUUCUCUCCCUCGCCUCCUGGCGGAGCGAAAUCCUAAGCAAUUCUGUCCUUCUUUGCACGAGAGUUUACUGCUCUGGCAUGUGUCUAUCCUCUUUGCGGCGACAACGGGGGCCUCCUGGCAGUGACUGGGCUGUGCCCACGUUCUUAGCAUUUCCCCCUCUCUGGAAUGGUAAGUGGGAAAGAACCCCGGAAGACAGGGUGAAGAGGUACUGCCUAGGGAACAGUCUGAUAAGAGGCAGCUGAGCCAUUGGCUGCAUAGUGGACAGGCUCAGAAGAUUCACUUUGGAGAAUAGCUUGACUGCCUCUUCUUUGGGGCAGCCCCUGAGAUACUGGAACGCUGCUAUCAUGUCCCAAGUAGAAGAAAUUCUACUUUCUCUGAAAGUCCAAUUCUUCCUCCCCGUCUCUUUUUCAGCCAGAGAAACUAGGGAGGGUCCCUUCUGAGCCCCUUGCCUCAGCUACUGUCAGCGGUCCUCGAUUUACAACCGUUUAUUGAGCGACCGUUGAAAAUGACAACAUUUUUCACGCUGUUGCGGCCUCCCCAUGAUCACGUGAGCAGAAUUCGGACGCUUGGCAGCUGACUCCUAUUGAUGGCGGUUGCAGCGUCCAGGAUUCAUGGGAUCCCCUUUUGCGACCUCCAGUGGGGAAGUCAGAUUCAUUUUGCAACUGUGUGACUCAAUCGAUGCAGCAAGAAAGGUCGUGAAAUGGGGCAAAACUCACCUCACUGAGGGAUUCUGGGAAUUGAAGUCCACUAGUCUAAAGUUGCCGGAGGUUGGAAGUGCCUCUCUUAUUUGACUGUUCCCCAGGCAGUCUCCUUUCAUCCUUCUCCCAAGGUCUUUCCCGCAAACCAUGACAGGAUCCUUUCUGCACAAUGGCUACUCUUUCUCAGCACCCCCUGAGGACCCCCCCACACACACCUUGCGCUUCUAAAAUUUACAGGGGGGGGCAUCUCCACCUAUGUGCCUGUGGUAGCUGUAAUAGGGUCUUUUCCAGGCUUUUGAAAUUGAACAUCUUGGCACAUUGGCACCGCUGCCACCCAGCCCAGCUCUGAGCGUUGGUUUAGUCUCUCUUUGCAUGUUCUUCUGCACAUACACACAACCCUUUCCUCUCUUGGGCGUCAGGUUUGGGAGCAUAUCUACACAACAGGAAGAAGGGGGGGUCAGUCCUCGGUCCCUCUCUGCCUCUCCCCCAAGGAAUUCUGGGUCAUGUAGUUCCGAGAAGAAAGGGGGAGAAAGCGGUCUCUUUACGAAAGACGUUGUCCAAGACUCGGAGUAAAACAGGCUCAUUCAGCGCCCCAGGUAGUCCUCAGCUUACGACCAUUUGCUUAGCAACCGUUCAGAGUUGCAGCGGCACUGAAAAAAAGAGAUUUACGGCCAGUCUACGCACUUAUGACCGUCACAGCAUCCCCAGGGUGGUGUGAGUGUGUCCUUUUGGUUCCUGAUGAGCAAAGUCAAUGGGGGAAGUUGGAAUCGCCUAACGAGCACAUGGUUCACUUAAGAACUGCAGGGACUUGCUUAAGGACAAACUUAAAAUUGGGUGUGACUCGCUUAGUAACCAGUUCGCUAAGGAAAGGAAAUUCUGGGUCCCCAUUGUAGGUUGUGUGUUGAGGACUACCUGUAUCGUUUUGUGGACUUGAUAAAAUUGUAGAGCACCAGGAUCUUCUGAGAAAGAGAGAGAGAGAGAGAGAGAGAGAGAGAAAGAAAGAAAAAGAAAGAAAGAAAGAAAGAAAGGAAAAAAAGAAAGAAAAGCAAGCAAGCAAUAAAGGAAAGAAAGAAAAAGAGGGAAAGAAAAAGGGAAAGAAAAAGUGAAAAAGAAAGAAAAAAGGAAUGAAAGAAAAAGUGAAAGAAAGAGGAGAAAGGAAAGAAAGAGAAAGAUUACAAGGAGACAAACAUCUUUUUCAUUCCUGUCUUCCAUCCUUCACUUCACAAAUGUGCCUGUUCUUAUCUUGUGUAUUUUAUCAAGUAGGGCUGUGAUGAAAAUUAAAGAAAUUAAGACAACACAACAGCUCUUCUGGCCUUUUGUGUGUGUUUGUGUCCGGCAUCGCUUCCUUCGCUCAUUCAAAAUUCAGACCAAAUGGUGCCUUAAUUCCUUUUGCCUUCAAACUUCCAUUAU